AUGCGUUACCAGAGUGGCGUGAUGAAAGAUUCUCAACUACUGAUAGUCAUUGCCCUAGAGGUUAUUACAAACAACGCCCCUAGUCAUCCAAUGUUGAAGUUAUCAAAUGUAAAGCUGGCCUUCUUUUCACCUAAUACUACCUCCAGACUUCAACCUUUGGAUCAGGGGGUUAUACAAACACUCAAGUUGAAAUAUCGUCAGAAGCAGUUGCAACAUAUUCUUGUAAAAGUUGAUGACAGCAACAAGGACUUGAUUAACUUAGAUGUAACCUUAAGAACUUGCGAUGAUUCUAAUAAAACAGACUGGGAGAGAACACAAGCUUUAGACAUUCUGAAAGAAUUGAGAGAUGAUAAUAUUGAUGAUCUUUGUGAUGAUGCUUUUGAUGAUGAUGAUGAAGAUGAUGUUGAUUAUGCUGAUGAUUUGAAAGGGGGAUCGAGAAUCUUCAAGAUCACUUAG